AUGGCGCAGCUCACUGAGGACCGUAAGGCAGUUGUCGCUUGGGAGUUGAUGCGCCAUGUCACCACGCUCAAGUUGCUUCAGUCUGACACCCCGGGUACACAUAAAAUCAACGCCAUCAUCGCUGGAAGUGUGGAGGCUUUUAGCACGGGUAGCUUGAACAGCCCUGCUGGAGACAAAAUGCGCUCAGCGCUCCCCUUCACGGCGAACUUGACGACAGAAGUCGUUGCCGGGCAGUGCUUUGAGACUCAUUUUGACGAGAUCGUGAUGCAUCAGCUGCUGUCUCUUGAGAAGAAGCUGGCCUAA